AUUUUUCUUGGCUAACAUUAAAAGUCACUGAAUUAUCUAUUCUACUUGUGAACCAACCAUCCUCUCCCCACCUUAUCCUAUCUUUUCCAUACAAAUCUUCAUUUCCUUCACUUCCAAUCGUCUUUGUAAUUCCACCCACAUAAACAAGAAUCACAAAACCACCAACAAAAUCAGGUAGUGGGUGAAGAUCAACAAUGGCAGCAGCCUCAGCUACACUCUCUUCAUCAACGUUUGUUGCUGCCACAGUGGCAGGCUCCAGUAGGAGAAGAAGAAGCAUGAAUGUGAGUUACAUAACAGGGCUGAACUCAUUUGGUGGGCUAAAAGCACACAACAAUGUGGCCUCACUAGGCUUGCCAGUAUGCACUGAGCAAAGUUUUGCUAAGAUUGUGAGCUCAUUGAGAGCUCCUGGAAAAGGCAAAGGAAGAAGUGGGGGUGCCUUGUCUUCAACAUGCGAUGCAGCCAGUGAGAUCUUCAGGAUUGCAGCAAUCAUGAAUGGCCUUGUGCUUGUUGGAGUUGCAGUCGGGUUUGUUCUUCUCCGAAUUGAAGCAUCUGUGGAGGAGGCUGAGUGAGCAUUGAAGCCAAAAAAAAAAA